AUAGAACCAAACAACAACAAAACAGCAAACCAACUAACCAAAAAACACAAAAUGGAGCAAAAAAACCAUGGAAGCCAUGUUAUAGUCCUUCCAUAUCCAAGCCAGGGCCACAUAAACCCUCUCCUCCAAUUUGCCAAACACCUGGCCUCCAAAGGUGUAAAAGCCACAUUAGCCACAACCCAUUACACAGUUAAGACCCAUGGCAUCUAUGGUGCACCAUUUUUCACUAACUCGGCCUCGGUGUGCUCCAUAUUUUGUCGUGUGCACCACGGUGUGGUUAGGUUGCCGAUGAAGGAGGAGGAGUUGCCGCUGAUGAUGCGGGGGAUGCCACCGAUGAACUUGGUGGACUUGCCGAGCUUUGUUCAGGCCCCUGAGAGUAACCCUGCUUACUUGGCUAUGCAAUUGACUCAGUACUCUAAUUUGGACAAGGCUGAUUGGGUUUUUGGCAACUCCUUUGAAGAACUGGAAGGCCAGGUUGUGAAAAAUGUAUGGGAGCUCUGGCCGGGAAAGUUGAUCGGUCCAAUGAUACCAUCGGCAUACUUGGACCAGCGAAUUGAAGACGACAAAGGGUACGGAGCCAGUCUAUGGAAGCCACUCAGCUCUGAGUGUGCCAAAUGGCUCGAAACCAAGUCAAGCCAAUCCGUCAUUUAUGUCUCCUUCGGAAGCAUGGUGUCAUUGACAGAGGAACAAAUGGAGGAAAUGGCAUGGGGAUUGAAGGGAAGCAAUUUGGACUUCAUUUGGGUGGUAAGAGAGUCUGAGAUUACUAAAUUGCCCUCUGAGUUCAUAGACUUAACAACAAGCGGCAAGGGUCUUAUAGUAACUUGGUGUAACCAGCUAGAAAUGUUGGCUCAUGAAGCCAUUGGUUGCUUUGUCACACAUUGUGGUUGGAACUCUACACUUGAAGGGCUGGGCCUUGGUGUGCCAAUGGUUGGGGUGCCAAAGUGGGCUGACCAAUUGACAAAUGCUAAGUUUAUUGAGGAAAUUUGGGGUGUUGGGGUCAGGGCUAAGGGGGAUGAGAAAGGGAUUGUGAGGAGAGAAGAGCUCAUGGGUCGUUUGAAAGAAGUAAUGGGAGGAGAGAGGAGUGUUGAGAUUAGAAAAAAUGCUUGUAAAUGGAAGGAGUUGGCAAAGGAGGCAAUUAGUGAAGGAGGGAGUUCAGAUAAGUCCAUUGAUGAAUUUGUGGAGCAUUUGAAGUGUGGUAAUGAAAAAUGAGUGGUAAAAAAGUUGACUGAUGAAAAUGAUCAUUGCUAAUUUGAAACUCAUUUUGCCGAGAGAGUGGUAGGUUCAAAUUUCAUGUGGGGUAGUUCAGUAUAAUUUCCUUUCCUUCUUAAUAAGGUGUUGGCUUUUUGUGCCAAUAUGUGUCAUGUUGUGUCAUAUACUCGUAAUUAUUCGAUUUAAUUUUUGAUUUAAAAUAUUUAAAUCAUGAAAUUGUUCGUGAUA